AGCUAUGCGAUGUGGUGGCUCUCUCUCUCUCUCUCUCUCUCUGCCUCUUAAGCUCCGUUAGGCCAACAGCUUUUUGUUCCUUUUUACACCCAUGAAGAAGAAGAUGCCCAUGUCGUCAAUCCCAAAGCCUCCUCUCUCUCCAUAAAUUCCAAAACCACCACCACCGCCACCGCCACCGCCACCGCAUUCCACAAUCGUCGCCGAUUCCAGCUCACACUUAUCUUUCUCUCCAAUUCUAGAACCGUCAAUUCCUGCAAUCAGAAUGCCGCCAAUGAAGCUCAACCAGCCCCCGAAUACUACGCCCCAAACCCUCACUGCCACGGCCUCCCACGACGCCCGCCUUCUCGUCCGCGAGACGCUCCGGAUCAGCGCCAACCUAGCCUCUUCCUCUUCCCCUCCGCCGCAGGAGACCGCAGGGCUCCGCCCCGAGGCCGCGAACUUGGGCCUCGUCGAGGAGCAAUUUGUUGGUUCGAGCUUGAGAUUGAUUUGCUGCGAGGAGAUCGAUGGCCGUCGAUGGAACUACUUCGCCGAAAAGAACAAUGGAAAGUACAAUCAAUUGAACAAGGGCUCGAUCCGUGCCGUUAGCUUGCAUUCCCCUCAGGCCCCUGCCGAGGAAUUGAUGUCAUUCAUAAGAUCUUAUGUUGUUCCAGAAGGUUUCCCGGAUAGUGUUUCCCCAUCAUAUGUGCCAUAUAUGACAUGGAGGGCUUUGAAGCACUUCUUUGGUGGAGCCAUGGGCGUUUUCACCACACAAACGCUUUUGAGUUCAGUUGGAGUCUCCAAAAGCAGGUCUACUCCUGGUGCAGUGGCCAUCAAUUGGAUUCUUAAGGAUGGUGCUGGUCGGGUUGGAAAAAUGCUUUUUGCUCGGCAAGGGAAAAAGUUUGAUUAUGAUUUGAAACAGCUCCGUAUCACUGGUGAUUUUCUCAUGGAAUUGGGUGCUGGGGUGGAACUUGCAACUGCAGCUGUGCCACAUCUUUUUCUGCCUUUAGCUUGUGCUGCCAAUGUAGCAAAGAAUGUUGGUGCUGUCACAUCAACAUCUACUCGUACACCGAUCUACAAAGCCUUUGCUAAAGGAGAAAACAUUGGAGAUGUUACUGCAAAGGGAGAAUGUGUUGGCAAUAUUGCUGAUCUGCUUGGAACUGGUUUGGGCAUCAUGAUUGCAAAAAGAAAUCCCUGCCUCGUUGCGACGUUUGCCUUCCUUUCAUGUGGAUAUGUUCUUAGCUCUUAUCAGGAGGUAAAAUCUGUCGUAUUGCGUACGCUGAAUCGAGCAAGGUUAACUGUGGCUGUAGAGUCCUUCCUUAAGACAGGGAGAGUUCCAACCCUGCAAGAGGGAAAUAUGAUGGAAAAAAUACUCAGUUUUCCUUGGUCAAAAGAGAAGCCUGUUGUUCUUGGGCCAAGAUUUAAGGAGGCAUUCCAAGACCCAAAUUCAUUUCUUGCCAUACAGCAUAUCUUUGAGAAGGAGAGAUAUAUAGUAACAUAUAAUCCUUCGAAGGGAAACAUAUAUGCACUGCUCAAGGAUCGAGCAAAAUCUGAUGACAUUUUGAAAGCAACUUUCCAUGCUCAUGUUCUCCUGCAUAUCAUUCGCUCAUCUAACCAGAGCCAGUCUUUUCCUAGAAGACAUAAAGAAAAUGACGAUUCGGUGUCUAUGCCUUCUAUUACUGAUCUUGAAGCUGAUAUUUUGGAAUCUUAUAAGUUGGUCUCAACUUUAUAUGGGCCUUUUAUGAGCAAAGCUACAGAACAGGGGUGGGUGAUGUCAGAGUCGCUUCUUAAUCCUGGGAAAGCUCGGCUCUUUGAAGUAGUUCAUUGAGGCAACAGGUUCAUUCUUUAAAUAUGUACAACUCUGAAGGGUUUGGGUUGCCAAGUACUGAGAUUGCUUCUGAUGCUCUCGACAAUUCUGUGGAGACUGAAAGCAUGAUCUAAGCGAAACCCCCUGGCCUUCCUCCCAGGAGGGUUGCUGCAUUGUCGAAUCAUGGGAACCACUUGAUCUGAAGUAGCAGACAUUUAUCCCUUACUAAAGAUGACAGCAUAUGCAUUCGGCAAAUCAGCUUAAUAAGUGAAAGCACAAUCUGAGAGGUUAGAUUGUGAUACGUGAACAAACAAGGGUUACAGUAUGUUUCUUGUACAUGGGUUUUCUUUGCAGGCUCUUUUGUUUUGUUCUGUAUUUCUUUCCCUUUCUUUUUUUGUAUCCCCGCCCCCCACUCUUUAGAAGGCCCUCUGGUGGCUUGCACAUAUGGUAUAUGUUAGGAACAGUAAAAUCAUUUUUGAUAGUAAGUAUUUACAUCUCCUGUCUA